AUGGAGAAACGGAAUAAAUCCAUGAAAUUUUGUGACAUAAUUGACUUUGAUACUGAAAAGCACAGCUGGUACUUUCCUGGAUUAUGGCAUGGGGUCCCACCUAUGGCAAUAAUAAACCAAGGUUACAGCGAAAAUGUCUUUCAAUUGAAAAAAUACUUAUUUACACUAUUAAAAGAAAGGCAGUCACCUGAGCCUCAGAAUAUAAAUUCUUUCAUGGAAUGGACAAAGAGUCUGUGGAAUGCAGUAAAACAUGAAACAUUCAUUUUCAGUUUCCGAAAUAUCCUAGUGGCAGAAGCUUACGAUCAAAUGUCUGUAAAAUAUUCAGAGUUGGAAUGGAACUUUCGCAAAAAGGUCCAUUCUAAUUUGGCUAAGUAUGAAAAUAUAAUUAAGAACCAAUUACCAGAAAAUCUUCAAAAUGUAACAUCAGAUAUUCUAGAAAAAAGAAUCAAGGAACUGCUAGACAGAGAAGAGACAAAUAUGACCCAGACAUUAGAACAGUUCUUCAAGAGUGGGUGUGCCAAUGUGCACCUGAUAGAAAGAUAUAGGGGAGAUUUUCUGAUAUAUGUGAAAAGUCUAAGGAAAGAUCUUGAAGUUAUGGCAUCCAACAAAUGUUGGGAGGCUGUCCGAAUUCAAAAUGUGAAAAGCGAGAUUCAGAUCAUACAAACCAAAAUCCAACAGUUCAUUGAAGAAAAAGUCACCAAACAUUUACAGAAUCACAGAAUGAACCACAGUACUCCGAAUGAAAGAGAACUAAAGCUGGAAUUUAAUGCCUUGUGGGAUAAUAUUUUACAAGAAUUCAAUAUGACCAGAUUGAGGAAGCAUCGAAUUGAAAUUGAAAUGUUGGAACAACUAAAACGGGAGAUGAAGAACAGACCAGGUGCGGUUACUGAGAAAUUAAAUAACGUUAAGUCACUAAAAUACUACGAACAGAAGAGCUUUGAAAUGAAUAACAUCUACAUGGAUCAUGGCUUUUUCUGGAAUAUUGUGGAAUUCAUUACCAAAGAUUGCUAUAAAAAGUUAUCUCACAUUGCACAUUCGUUAGCUGAAGAUUGUCAGGUUUAUGUUAAUGAAAAAAUAAACACAGAAGAAGAUUACAAUGAAAUGUACUGUCAGAAUCUACUAGACAUGAUAAAUCACAAAUUGGAUGAAGAAGAGGUUAGAAAACUUCACCCCACCCCGCAGUUUGAGGUGGAUCUUAAACUCCAUAUUUUGGGAGGAGCAGCUCCUCUUUUCCAGAACAUGCAUGAUAACUUUGGCAUAAAUAAUGAUCCAAUACGGGUUACCAAUAACUUUAAGCCUCAGUACUUCUCGAUAUUUAAAAACAGGAUGCUAUAUAAAGACAAGUCCAGGAGACACGCUGAACAUUUCUGUGAGCAAUGUUUGAAGCCUGCCAUAAAAGAACACACCUACAAAAAUCUUGGAAAAGAAAUAAUUGAUGAUAUGUUGAAAUGUGCCGAUGCCAUGAUGUUCAGCAGUCGUAAACAUUUCCAGUUGACCCUUUUGAAGGAACUUCUUGAAAUAAACAGAUUUGAGAACUACUUACGAUAUGUAACAAAAUAUGACAACUAUGUAAAAAGGUGGAUUUCCAAAUAUAUUGUUAAGAAAUACAACAACUCUGCAGAAUUAGAUAAUUUAGUAUCACAAAUUGUCUCUUCCAUUGGUAAAAAAAUCAAAGCAGCUCUUCAAGAACCGAUAGUACAAAGUAGUCAAAGUGUGUCUCAAAUGCUGCAAGUCUUCUCAAUGGAGUUGAAGAAAGAUUUGGUGCUUUCAAAGAGUGCAAUGAAAGUGACCAGUUUCCAGAACAUCUCAAAUAUCUGCCAGUUUUCUACUGAUAUUGCAUACUUUCUUGAUUCAACGGAAGAGGAAAUAAAGUCCAGCAUAAUAUCUAUGGGUAUUGAGGAUGUCCUUCCAAAGCUGACAUUUAAACCUCAAGAUGAAUUAUGUCAGAAGAUCAUUGGAUGUGGAAAGAGAUGUCCAUUCUGUGAUGCUCCCUGUGAAGCCGGUGGGAAUAAUCAUCAAUAUCACUUUUCAAGCUUCCACCGACCUAAAGGAUUAGCCCCAUACAAGUGCUCAGAAUCCAACAUCCUUUGCAAUUCCACAUGUUCUGCUGAUGUCUUUUCCAAUGACAGCUUUAUAAACUCUGACACAGAUGGCAAAUGGCUGCAGUACAAAGAUUACCGAACCAUUUACCCAAACUGGGUCAUUCUACCUGACAGAGACCUGAAUUCCUCCGAUUACUGGAAAUUUGUACUUAAACAGUUUAAUGAUAGUUUUGCAAAACAUUACCAUGUCGAGCCAGCAGACAUCCCAAGCGAAUGGAAAAGACUAACUCAAAAACAAGCUCUCAGUUCUUUGCAAGAAAAUAUGAAAUAA